AUGAAGUGGUCCCAAUCUUCGUUGGACAUACGCUUCCUCCAAUUCGACCUGCAGGACCUCCAGUCCAUCAAGGCUGCCACUGCAGAAUUCAUGCAGAAAGAGACGAGACUGGAUAUCCUGAUAAACAACGCAGGGAUCAUGGCUAGUCCAUUCGAGAUGACCAAAGACGGCUACGAAAUCCAGUGGCAGACCAACUUCCUCGCACACCAUGCCCUAACUCUCUGUCUGCUGCCCAUUUUUCGUCAGACCGCACAGCUCAAUCCAGGCCAUAGAGCAACUGUCAGAAUCGUCAACGUGGCUAGUGAUCUUGCCUUCAGCAUGGGCCCAAAGAACAUCGACUAUAGGGAUCCCAACUUGACAGACUUGACAGGAAGCCCGGAAUCUGAUUCAAAUGCAAUACCUAGGAAACGCUACAGCCACAGCAAACAAGCCGGCAUCAUCGGUGCCAAAGCCAUCAACGACCACUACGAACACCUCGGCAUAGCCGCAUAUUCCAUUCACCCUGGCAUCAUCAAGACGAACCUACAAAGCCACGACUCGACCCUCAUCGGCGCAGUAGCUCGUGUUGCAAUGAACGUCGUCCCGACAUCGAGUGUCAUCGACGGUACCCGCACGUCGUUGUACUGCGCCACCAGCCCAAAAGCCUCCACCCAAGGCGGAUUGUUUUUCAUCCCAUUUGGUAAAUUGGACCAUCGCCCUGAUAAGUGGUUGAACGAUCCGGAUGCCGUGGGUCGGUUGUGGGAUCUGGCACUUGCGCAGUUGGUCACGAGGAGUGGUUUUCAAUUUGAGCUAUGA